GUACCGUUAAGACCAGGUAUUUCACCUGGACUGCUUCGGGAAGAUGCAUAUCUGGAUAAAUGAGCAGGAAAACCAGUAGCUUGGGACAAAAGCAGCCCCGAAUGAAUGACUAAUACAUCCGUUGUGUAAACCUCUAAACUACGGUUGAAAUGAAUAUGUGCGUCUGCUGUGUCUGUAGGACUGUAUUACACAUCGCUUGCUGCCUCCGUCUUGCUGCCUGCUGUCCCUGCAGGGCUGUGCGCUCGUCUUUGAUCGAGAGUCUCAGGGCCUGGCGUGCCCGCCUGCGAGAAUGCCCACUUACUGGAGCUCACAGCCCCCCGGCGGUGUCGUCUGCUGUCCCAACGCCUGGGAGUCGUUUUGAGUCACUCAGCGUCUUUAACCGAUCGCUGACCGGAGCCCUCAAGCGCACGCGUGCGAAUCAAAACAGAACUCGGUCCCAGAUUGAAUUCUACUGUGCCACCCCCCAGGCCCUGGAGACGUCCAGUCCUAUCUCACGGAAACCAUCUCCGAGCGGAGGUGGUGCUUGACCUCUGCUCUUCUCUUUGUCCUUUAGGAUCGGCGCGCCAGGAACCCAGCCCUACGGCCAGACUCUCCGCAGAGCAGGAGAGAGAGACGCACAGAGCGCCUGGACUGGACUUCGGCAGAGGCCACACCUGAAGCACGCCUCCCGGGCCCGGUCCAGGCUGGAUCGAGCCCCCCCCCGGGAGAGCAGCGCUCGCAGAUCUUCGGUGCCGUUUCGGAGGAGGAUGCCGGGCGAUUCGCGCAGGCGCUGACUGAGCACCGGGGCCGGGGCGUCCCCCGAAGGGCAGGGAUGGCGGCGGGCAACGGGACGACGGAGCCCCCCUCGGACCCCCCGUUCAACGCCUCCCUGGGCUACGGGGAGCCGGAGCAGGACGUGAGCAAGAUCGUCAUCCCCUCCAUCUACGCCCUGGUGUGCUGCGUGGGGUUGACGGGCAACGCCAUGGUCAUCUACGUCAUCCUCAAGUACGCCAAGAUGAAGACGGCCACCAACAUCUACAUCCUGAACCUGGCCAUCGCGGACGAGCUCUUCAUGCUGAGCGUGCCCUUCCUGGCCACGGCGGCCGCCCUGCGCCGCUGGCCCUUCGGCGCGCUGGCCUGCAGGCUGGUGCUCAGCGUGGACGGCAUCAACAUGUUCACCAGCGUCUUCUGCCUGACGGUGCUGAGCGUGGACCGCUACAUCGCCGUGGCCCACCCCAUCCGCGCCGCCCGCUACCGCCGGCCCACCGUGGCCAAGGCCAUCAACGUCUGCGUGUGGGCGCUCUCGCUGGUGGUCAUCCUGCCCAUCAUCGUCUUCGCCGGCACCGUGCCGCGGGGCGACGGCGGGGUGGAGUGCAACUUCCUGUGGCCCGAGCCGUCCUGGUCGGAGGCCUUCGUGGUGUACACCUUCCUGCUGGGCUUCCUGCUGCCCGUGGCGGCCAUCUGCCUGUGCUACUGCCUGAUCGUGGCCAAGAUGCGGGCCGUGGCGCUGAGGGCCGGCUGGCUGCAGCGGCGCCGCUCGGAGAAGAAGAUCACCCGCAUGGUGCUGCUGGUGGUGACCGUCUUCGUGGCCUGCUGGCUGCCCUUCUACGUCGCCCAGCUGCUCAGCGUCUUCCGCCGGCCGCCGGACCCCGUGGUCAACCAGCUCUUCGUGGUCCUCAGCUACGCCAACAGCGGCGCCAACCCCAUCCUCUACGGCUUCGUCUCCGACAACUUCCGCCGCUCCUUCCAGCGCCUGGUGUGCCUGCGCUGGAUGGACAGCCGGCUGGACGCCGAGCAGGUGGACUACUGCGCCGUGGCGCUGCGCCGGCCGGUCCCCUGCGGGCCCCGGGCGUCCCCCAAGGAGCCGCUGGCCUCGGAGAUGGUCUACCACAACGGCACCUGCAACUCGCGCACCACCACCCUCUGAGCAGCGCCUCCCUCCCGGGGGGUUGGAAGGACGCCGCCAGGCCCGGACCUUAGCUCGCCAAAAUUUGUGUUUGUUUUUUUUUGCUAGGCUGUCCGACAGCUCCUCCUGCUGGCGGCUUGGACAGCUCUGAAAUCACGCAGAUCUUUUCCAUACCGGGGCAAGAAACAGCCGCCCCACUCUGAGGGAGAGUGGGCACGGCACAGGGAUGGUGGUGGUGGUGGGGGGUGAAUAUUUCUCAGCACCUCAAAGGGCAACUUUCAUCCUGAAGCUGUCCGUGUCCGUGGUCCUGCCUUUUACCGGUUGCUUGAAAGAAUUUGAAAGUUUUGCCAACGAAAAAAUCAAGUGCAGUAGAG